GAAGAUGAUGACGUCGAGGCCCUUUCUGACGUGGCUGCUGCUGACGGCGCUGUCGACGCUGACGGAAGGCAAGUGCCCGUCGGUGUGCAGGUGCUCCACGGACGUCAGCGGGAGGAGGCUGGUGACCUGUGACUCAGGCAACCUCGUCGACCCCAUCCCCGUGUUUGAAAUGGACAAGGAGACGAAGCCUACGCCGUUUGUUGAGCAAUUUGUUCACAACAACGCUAGCAAUCGCUGGGAUUUCCUCGCCUCACUUGUAACAUUUAUUUCAACGUCACAGCAGAUCCGUAGCGCAGUUGGUACGAACAAAGUAAAGCUCACAAACUCAAUUUACUGGCGUAUUGCUACUAAGCACUCUUUGCUGCAAGCUUUGUUCCUAGAGACUUGUUGCUGCGGCAAUGCAUUUUGGAAACUUGUUGCAGUUAUUUUGAUCGAAUUGUCCACGCAGACAUUGUUCCAAACACACUUAUUCCAGACAGCGUUCUUGCUGCCGCUUUUGCCUCUGCUUCAGACACUUGCCGGAAACGCAGUUACGCGAGACCGUGGAGCUGUAGGUUCUCUUGCCAAAGUUAAAACUGUUAAAACGAUUCUCCAGCAGAUGCUUUUAGAUAAUAUGAGGCUCAGAAAACCCAAGGGCAAUAGAAUGGGAACUCCAUCGAACUAUCAGCCUAAUGAGUUAUAUAAUGAAACGAGUACUGAAAAUUAUUAUGACGAGAGCCCGAAGCAGAAUACAACCAGAACUUUUGACAAAGUGAAGCACGAAAAACUUCUAAAGAUGUUGGAAAGCUUAGACCUGGAUGUAAAGAUAUUAGGAGCUCAUGGCACUGUACUGCUGUCAGAAUCUCAAGAAAAGCUACAAGAACUGUUGGACAAGGUAGUAGAAGAAAGCAAGGAGAAGGGAUUGGCGAUCAACUGCAAAAGGCUGCGCUCUGAGACCAAAACCUUCCCAGAGCUGCGCCUGGACGACAACCACAUCAUGACCGUGGCUUCGGCAACAUUCAUGUACAUCAACAACCUGGAGACGCUGACGCUGGCCAGGAACAAGCUCCGCGGGCUCUCCCCCAGGAUGUUCUUCCUCCUCGGCCGCCUCAAGACGCUCGACCUGAGCGGGAACCCCAUACGAGAGUUGGAUCCGGAGGUUCUCAAGGACGUGCCCAACCUCAAAACCCUCCGUUGCGCGAACUGUGGACUCCUGAUGAUCAAGUCUCUUGUGUAUCGCGUCGUCCCCAAGUUGGAAACCCUCGACCUGAGCGACAACCACAUCCUUGCCCUCGCCCCCGAGGAGUACGUGGACCUCAACAAUCUCAAGCAUCUCUACCUGGACGGUAACCGGAUCUUCGAGCUGAAGGACUACACCUUCCAGGGGCUCGCCCUCCAGCAUCUUGGCCUCUCCAGGAAUAGAAUGGAAAAGAUUUCGAAGAUGGCCUUCGAGGACUGCUCCGUCCUGAACCUCGACUUGUCUGCGAACAAGCUCCAGUUCGGGGCCUUCCGCCACCUGAGCCCCGUGAUCGCCCACAUGCACGGCCUAAGCGUCGCCGGCAUCCACCUCAGCGCCGAGCACAUCCGGGAAAUCCUCAAGCGCGCAGGCAGGCUCAAGAGCCUUAAUCUGAGUCGGAUGCGCCUCACGCAGCUCGUGCCCACCAUGUUCACAUCUCAGGGAAAGCUCGAGAUCCUUAACCUGUCGAGCAACAGCCUCCGCUACAUCCCCGUCGACAUCCUGCACUCGCUGCCCAGCCUCCACACUCUCGAUAUCCGCAGGAACGAGUUCCGGGGAAUGCCGGAAAUCAUUCUGCGCCGCUUCGACCGCAUCCACACCAUCGAGCUCGACGGCAACCCGUGGUCGUGCGACCAGUGCCACAUUCCGUACCUGAAGAUCUGGCUCAACAAUACCAAGAGCUUUCGGGAGGCAUGCCAGCCGGACGUUGACGCCCCGAAGUGCCUCAAGUGCCAAUCGCCAAUGGAGAUGUACGAUAAGCCUAUCAUCGAAAUCGAGGGCCUGGAGCUGCAGCCGUGCCCCGAGGGAACGUUCGACGUGGCUGCCGCCAGCGCCAGCUCCUCCAACUUCUCCCUGGUGCUAGCGGUGGUGACGGCGGCGGUGGUGGUGCUGCUGCUGCUCAUCAUCCUCGUGGUGGGGAUCGUCAUGUACAACCGACAUACUGCCUUCUACUACACCCACGAGAACGACUCCCGCCACCACUUCUACGAGAACCCGGCGCUCCACUCUAACCACACGGACAUCACCCUCGACGAGGACCUGGACCACCUGCCCGAGAAGGACCUGCCCCAGAGGGAGUCCGGCCACCACCAGCAGAACAGCAUGGGCGCCCACGGAGGCCACGACACCCACGCCGAGGCCGACAAGUCAGGAGAGAAGUCGAGCGGAGGGAAGAAGAAGACGCCCCAGGAGAACAACGUCGCGGUCAUCGACGAGUUAAUAAGGAAGAAGAACGCCAAGGCGGCCUCCAACGGGAGAUCCUGAGGCUUCCUCUCCCGGUCUAAGUACGAAAGGAAAAAUGUAUGACCCGACACCAACUCUGCCAAUUGCCUGAUUAAUCUUUUUAAUUAAAGUGUUAUUAACGGCAGUAGCCCUAGUCUAAAACCUCUCCCACCACACUAUACGCCCCCUCUUCAUCCAGUGUAUUUUUAUUUCAAGCCGGGUAUCCCGAAGUGUUCGUACAGCGACGUCAGCGCGCCCCCGGCCAAGCGGGGCGCGGCGCAGGACAAAAUGUGCGCUCAGCUGUGAUGAAUUCGAAAAAAGCAUAGGAAUAAGUGGCAUUAAAUCUCCUUCUUCUCUCUCAAAGUGGACGUCGUUAGUGAUAUUUUGUAUUCAAAUGGGGUAGAAAGAGAAAAAAAAGAAAUUCCGUGGCAGUGAGACCACGGAUGGUUAGAGGUUUUUCAUUCAGUUUUUCCACAUUACCCGCUUUGGUAUGUUGGUUUUGUCUGUGGAAACUUUCACUUGUUCUCAUGUUUAUAUCCUGUCUUUACUCCUUGAUUGUGGAUAUUUUGCACCCUUUCUAUACCGUAGCUUAGGACUGUACACUUUAUUUGUAAUAUAGUCUAAGGUUAUUUAUAUAAGCUUAAAGAGGAAAUUAUAGGCCUUUCAGAUGGAAUGUGUAAUGGAUGUAUUGAUGUCAUUUGAAUAUAUUUUUGGGGGAAUUUUGGGAAGAAUAUAGAUUUUUGUAGAAAUAUAAACGGUUAGUAUAAUAGUGCAACGUUAUUAUUUUGACCAAAUGCAUCUCGAACUAGUUUAUGUCAUUCUGAUCAUUCUAAUAUCACUGUUUUGGGUGAGUUCUCGUCAUUUCUAGUAGACUUAAGUAUUUCCAUUCCGCCAUGUUGAUGAAUGAAGAAUUAUCGUCUCGAUGUGCAAAUUCUAAGAAAAUCAGCUGUUCAAAGAAUUUACUAGAAUUUGCAGUGAAGUUUUUUUUUUCAAUCACGAAAGCAAAUAAUCAAUCCUUCUUACAUAAAACUGUUACAGAAAUUCCUGUAGCGAGAAACCAGAAUUUUCUGUGGUUGUGCGCGGAAGACGAGGUUCUGUUAGCAAAGACUAUGUACAACGAAAACCUGAUGUUUUUUUCAGUGAGAACAUACAGUGACGACCGCGGCCCGCAGAAAGAAAGUUUAAGAAGAGAAAACAAUAUCCCCAAUGAAAAAGAAGGCAAUAUUGGUAGUGGAACAGGAGAAAAGCUUCCCAGAAGUGAUGAUAAUUCUUCGAUCUAAUAUUAAGGACCUGUCGUUUUGUUCCAUAUACCCUUUCGCUAUCUCUCGAUCUCUCUUUCUUGCUUACAGGAAAGAGGAAGAAAGGCAUACACGCGAUAAAGGAGAGGAAACAGAAAUGGAAGGUUGGCCUUGUUGGUGAAAUCUCGCGUAGACGAGGAAGAACUUGAGGUCACGUAUUGAUUAGGAUGAUAAAGAUCAAUAUCGUUGGGCCGGGAACAAUUACCUUUUGGCGUAGGAAGAGAGAGAGAAACAAAAGACAGUCUAGGAAAGUUCGAGAGAAUUUAGAACUAGAACCAUGCUCCUCCCACUGAUGACGAGAUAUCAGACCCUCAUGGUAGAGAUCAUGUCAUUGUUAUGUUUGAUUUUUCAUAUUUCAUAUGGUUUACACGUCGUUGCGGAUCUGCAUUUGUUUUCAUUUACACUGGUAUGAUGUAUUUCAUUUAAAGUUUCUUUAGUUUCGUUUUCAAUAAACGUUUAAAUGAUAGUCUAAGUAAUAUGGUCUGUUUACCUUUGGCUUUCUUUUAUAACAGUUGAUUUUAGUUAAGUGAAGUGAUAACUUACGUCAAUUUGCUCACGAGCUUUAAUAUGUUAUAGUUGUUAAUUUAGCCUUUAGUUAGCAUUUUAUUAUUUUUCCUUUUUGCUUGAGUUACAUCGUUGGCUCAUUUAUCAUAUAUCACCUCUCUCUCGGUUGUGCAAUUUACGCCUUCGUACACACAAUUCACACAUUCCCUUACACACGUGACCCCCCCCCCCCCCGCACCCUCCCAGCGUGCGUCCCCCCCUUUCCCCCAAGGAGUGCCCCACCCCAGCGAGCCCUCCUUCCCUUCCCUCUGCCCCAAGGAGCGUCCCCCUGCCCCCCACCCCCUUUUUACACACAGAGACACGUGUUGUUCUUAACGUUAACUCUCAGCUCUUCCAGUACGGCCUCGACCCCCAAGGCUGACGAAUCACUCGCAUCAACUCUCGAAUUCAUGCACUCGAGGGAGCCCCUGAAGCACACCCGACUCGAGCCCGCCACUUUCCCAUCGCCCUCUCGAGGAGGCGCUUAUGUGAUUGGCGAUGGAUAGAGAGAUAGGAAGAGAGAGCGAGAGGGAGGCCGCUACUUCCUCUUCCCUGGCCUCCACGCUCCCAGGAAGGGAGCGGAAUCCCUGCCGCCUAGCCACUCGACGCGCCCUUUUCGUUCGUUCGUUUGUCCGUUUGUUCCCCGUCGGCACUGCCCCCGAGCGUCCAGACGCAUGGAAACGUCUGUGGGGAUUUCCCGCGCAUAUCUGAAUGGAUGAGUAGGAGCACGAUAUAUACAUCCAAAUACGCGAGGAGCACCGCGGUAUCCAUCAAAAUAUAUGUCCAUCGGGGAAUAUAUUUGAAUAUUUAUAUCUAAAUACGUUAUGAACAUGACAUGCCUGCCAUCUCGGUGCGGGUCGAGGCCAUGCGCUGCCACUCGUCCGAGCGUGUGACUCAGGAGCUCCUCGAGGCUGCAGACGACCGCCAAACUUCAAAAUUGGAAACAAAACACGAAACUGAUAAAUCCGGUGAAAGCACGAGGGAAUAUAACGACCUGUGUUUAUGGACAGUACAAUAUAUCCCUCGGAAGAUACAACAAAGAUAACGGAUUCUUUAACCGUCCGUGAAAUGAAACAAAUUGGAAAAGGAAAUCCGAAAAGGUUCAAGAAUUCGAGUGCUGUUGUCGCUAAGGAUCAGCGUGUAUGCGGGAUGCCACCGCUGCUGUGCCUGUCUCGCCUGAUGAUAAAGAAAUAUAUAUAUAUAAUAUGUAUGAAUGUAAAUGUAGAUUAUUGAAUAUUAGACGAUAAGAUUAACAAACACGAGGCUGCGGGGAGGCGACCCCUGACGUCUUCUCCCCCCCUUCUCCCCCAUCGACCCCGACCCCAACUGCAGCAGCCGCAAGUUUUAUGUGUCUUUUCCUUGACAAACAGAGCAAUUAAGUGAUGUUAAUAUAUCCCUUCCAGCCACACAUCCCAAGGUAGCCUUCCUGUAGAACUUAAAAGGUUCGAUUACAAGGAAAUUAAAAUUUAUUUUAAAAAGUGUCAAGACCACUUAAUCACUCAACUGUAAGAUGCUUUGAGUGGAUUUUUCUGUCUCAUUUAUAAAGGACCGUCUGACCGAAAAGCCUGACUGCGCGUAAAACCAGCGUCACGCACGCACGCACGCACACACACACACACACACACACACACACACACACACACACACAC